ACCCUGGCUUAUGGUGAUAUGAACCACGAAUGGAUAGGUAACGAAUGGCUCCCCAGUCUGGGUUUACCUCAGUACCGAAGUUAUUUUAUGGAAUGCCUGGUAGAUGCAAGGAUGUUAGAUCACCUGACAAAGAAAGACCUGCGUGUGCACUUAAAAAUGGUGGAUAGCUUUCAUCGAACAAGCUUGCAAUAUGGAAUCAUGUGUUUAAAGAGGUUGAAUUAUGAUAGAAAAGAACUGGAAAAGCGAAGAGAAAUGAGUCAGCAUGAAAUAAAAGAUGUGCUGGUAUGGAGCAAUGAUCGAGUCAUACGCUGGAUACAAGCUAUUGGCCUCCGAGAAUAUGCAAAUAAUAUCCUAGAAAGUGGUGUACAUGGUUCACUUAUAGCACUGGAUGAAAACUUUGAUUACAGCAGUUUAGCUUUAUUAUUACAGAUUCCAACACAAAACACCCAGGCACGGCAGAUCCUUGAGAGAGAAUACAACAACCUUUUAGCACUAGGAACUGAAAGACGACUUGAGGAAAGCGAUGACAAGAACUUCAGACGCGGCCCCUCCUGGCGCCGACAGUUCCCCCCGCGGGAGGUGCACGGGAUCAGCAUGAUGCCGGGCUCGUCGGAAACGCUGCCGGCCGGGUUCCGCCUGACCACCACGUCGGGGCAGUCGCGGAAGCUGGCGACGGACGUUGCUUCAUCACGACUGCAGAGGUUAGACAGCUCAACAGUUCGCACAUACUCAUGCUGA